AUGCACGCUUUUUUGGGGGGUCUGGUCUUGCUCGUCCUCAUCCCCGACUUUGUAAAUGUUGUAGCCUGGACCGCGGCACGAUCGAGGAAAGCCAGAAUACCAGAGCAGUUUGGACUGCACCAGAUCGUGACCCCCACCAGAGUUAACGAGGCCGGGGACGCUCUGCCCUCCGGCGCACACUUUAAAAGGAGGAAGCGGAGCGCAGAUGCGACCGAUGCUGAACACGCACGAGAGGAGCACUGGGAAUCCGUCAGCAUCCACUACAGACUCUCUGCUUUCGGACAGGAUUAUCACCUGAACCUCACGCCCGAGGCGGGAUUUAUCGCCCCGCUGUACACAGUGACUGUACUGGGAACAGGGAACCUAACACAGCAGGAGGAGCAGCAGGAGGAGCAGCAGGAGGAGGAGACCGUGUACCGACACUGUUUUUAUAAGGGACACGUGAACGGAGAGACGGAGCACACGGCGGUGAUCAGCCUCUGUUCUGGCCUGCUUGGCACUUUCAGGUCAUCAGAAGGGGAGUACUUCGUGGAGCCUCUUCACAGUUACAACGGCCGACGUUACGAAGAAGAACACGUCAAACCUCACAUAGUGUACAGAAAAGACACGCCCGGAAGAACCCGAGAGGAGAAAUCUGCAUGUGAUACUGCAGGUCAUGACGGGGUCGCGGAGAAAGGCACAGCGCCUGGCAGCUUGUCGUUUGAUCUGGAUUCCCUCAGCGCCGGCAUCUUCUCGAGCGUCCUCUCUUCGUCUGAUAACGGCACAGACUCAGGAUCUCAUCACAGAGCCAAACGUUUCCUCUCCUACCCACGUUACGUGGAAGCCAUGGUGGUCGCUGACUUCAAGAUGGUGGAGCAUCACGGGAACAACCUCCAGCACUACAUCCUCACGCUCAUGUCCAUCGUUUCCUCGAUCUACAAGCAUCCCAGCAUCGGCAACCUGAUUAACAUCGUGAUCGUAAAGCUAGUCAUCAUAAACGACGAGCUGGAGGGUCCGGUUGUGUCUUUCAACGCACAGGUCACUUUAAAGAACUUCUGUAUAUGGCAGCAGAGUCAGAACCAUCCCGACGACAAUCACCACGGCCACUACGACACCGCCAUCUUCAUCACCAGGCAGGACAUCUGUCGAGCACAGGACAAGUGUGAUACCCUGGGUCUGGCAGAGCUGGGCACGGUCUGUGACCCGUACAGGAGCUGCAGUAUCAGUGAAGAUAACGGCCUCAGUACCGCCUUCACCAUCGCUCAUGAGCUCGGCCACGUGUUCAACAUGCCCCACGACGACAGCAACAAAUGUAAGGAUGACGGCGCCAAGAACCAGCUGCACGUCAUGGCUCCUGUGCUCAACUACAACACCAACCCCUGGAUGUGGUCCAAAUGUAGCAGGAAGUACAUUACCGAGUUCCUCGAUACAGGGUACGGGGAGUGUUUGCUGGACGAGCCUGUUUCCCGACCGUACACCCUGAGCCAGCAGCUGCCCGGGCACAUGUACAGCGUCAAUCAGCAAUGUGAGCUCAUAUUUGGACCCGGGACGCAGGUGUGCCCAUAUAUGAAGCAGUGCCGACGGCUUUGGUGCACAGGUCCAGAGGGCCCCCAGCGUGGCUGCAGGACCCAGCACAUGCCGUGGGCCGAUGGCACCGAAUGUGGCCCUGGAAAGCACUGUAAGCAAGGCGUCUGCCUCCCGAAGGAGCACAACCCGACGCCAGUGGAUGGAGCGUGGGGCGUCUGGAGUCCCUUCGGUUCCUGCUCGAGGACCUGUGGAGGAGGGAUCAAGACCGCCGUCCGCGACUGCGACCGGCCCCUGCCGAAGAACGGAGGGAGGUACUGUGUGGGGCGCAGGAUGAAGUUUCGUUCCUGUAACACCGAGCCGUGUUCCCGGCAGGUCCGAGACUUCAGAGACGAGCAGUGCGCCGCGUUUGACGGCCGGCAUUUUAACAUCAACGGUCUUCCUCCGAAUGUGCGCUGGGUUCCCAAGUACAGCGGUAUUCUGAUGAAGGAUCGCUGUAAGCUCUUCUGCAGGGUGGCAGGAAACACAGCGUACUAUCAGCUCAAGGACCGGGUCGUGGACGGCACGCUGUGUGGCCCCGACACCAACGACAUCUGCGUGCAGGGCCUCUGCAGGCAAGCGGGAUGUGACAACAUUCUGAACUCCAAAGCCAGGAGAGAUAAGUGUGGAGUGUGUGGGGGAGAUAAUUCGUCCUGCAAGCCCGUGGCAGGGACGUUCAACACGGUUCACUACGGUUACAAUGUUGUGGUGCGUAUACCCAGCGGUGCUACGAACAUUGACGUGCGACAGCACAGUUUCUCAGGGAAAUCGGAGGACGAUAACUACCUCGCUGUGGCCAACAGUCGUGGAGAAUAUUUACUCAACGGUGAUUUUGUGGUCAGCAUGUUUAAAAGGGAAGUGAAGUUGGGGAACACUGUUUUGGAGUACAGCGGCUCCGACCACGUCAUCGAGAGACUCAACUGCACUGAGCGCAUCGACGAGGAGAUCGUCAUCCAGGUGCUAUCUGUGGGCAGCCUCUACAACCCAGACGUCAGGUAUUCCUUUAACAUUCCCAUCGAGGAUAAGACUCAGUUUAUCUGGGACGCGUCCGGAUCGUGGCAGGAAUGCAGCCGCUUGUGCCAAGGCGAGCGUAAGAGGAAGAUCGUGUGCAGUCGUCAUCCGGACCGCAUGGUGGUCUCUGAUCAGAGGUGCCACGGCUCCCCGAGACCGGCGGCCGUCACCGAGCCCUGCAACACAGACUGUGAACUCAGGUGGAACGUCGCCCGUAAGAGCGAGUGCUCGGCCACGUGCGGUGUGGGCUACAGGACUGUAGAAAUCUACUGUUCCAAAAGAAGCCGGACCGACGGCAAGACCCAGAGAGUCGACAGUCAGAACUGCAGCCAGCAGCACAAACCGAGCGAGCGGGAGGUCUGUCGGGGUGACUGCAGCCCUGGAGUGUGGGAGUACUCGCCCUGGUCUGAGUGCUCCAAAAGCUGCGGAGGAGGAACGAGGCGUCGGAGAGCCAUGUGUGGAAAAUCCUCAAAGAACGACGACGGGAAAUGCAACGAAAGGGACAAACUGGUGGUCCAGCCGUGCAACGAGAUCCACUGUCCACAGUGGAGGACCGCAGAGUGGUCCGAGUGUAUGGUGACGUGCGGGAAGGGCUACAAGCACCGGCGGACGUGGUGUCAGUUCGGAGACGAGCGUCGUGACGACCGGGACUGCGUCUCGCCCAAACCGGAGUCGGUGCAGCCGUGCCAGAUGCAGGAGUGCGCGUCCUGGCAGGUCGGCCCCUGGGGCCAGUGCACCACCACAUGUGGCCCCGGCUAUCAGAUGAGAGCUGUGAAGUGUGUCGUGGGAUCGUACGGCUCGGUGAUGGACGACACCGAAUGUAACGCAGCAACCCGACCGACCGACACUCAGGACUGUGAGAUCUCCGCCUGCCCCCUCAUCCACCCUGUCUCUCCCGACACCAAACCAGCGCCCCGUGCCGCCCACAAACCCCAGUGGCGCUUCGGGUCCUGGACUCAGUGUAGCGCCACCUGCGGGAAGGGCGAGCGCAUGCGCUACGUGAGCUGUCGGGACGAUCAGGGCGGAGUAGCGGAGGAGUCGGCGUGCGCUCACCUCCAGAAACCUCCUGCCACUGAGAUCUGCUCCGUGGUGGCCUGCGGUCAGUGGAAGGUCCUGGAAUGGACGCCGUGCUCAGUUUCGUGCGGUCAGGGUCGAGCCACCCGGCAGGUGCAGUGCGAGAACUUCAGCGAUCAGCCGGUGGACGCGGCCGAGUGUGACCCGGACGAACGGCCGAGCGCGGAGCAGGAGUGCGCCAUGCCCCAGUGUCCGUCCUACCCCGGGAACCACGGGACCCCCCCGUCGCACCCGGACGCCCGCAAGAAAGCUGUUCCCGCAGGCAGAGCGGAUCGAAACAGAGAGGGACGUCCGCAGUCGCAGUGGAGGACCGGACCGUGGGGAGCGUGCUCCAGUACGUGUGCUGGUGGAUUCCAGAGGCGGGUGGUGGUGUGCCAGGAUGUUAACGGGUAUCCAGCCAACAGCUGUGAUGAAAGUAUUCAGCCCGCCGAGCAGCGUUCCUGCGAGUCUGGACCCUGUCCACAGUGGGUGUACGGACACUGGGGCGAAUGUUCGAAACCCUGCGGCGGGGGCAUAAGGACGCGCCUGGUGGUCUGUCAGCGUCACAGCGGCGAUCGAUUCGACGAUCAGAGCUGCGAGAUCCUGGACAAACCGCCGGACCGCGAGCAGUGCAACACGCAGCCGUGCUCGGCCGGUCCUCACUGGAGCGCGGACCCGUGGAGCUCGUGCUCUGCCUUCUGUGGGAGAGGGUUCAAGUACCGCAACGUAACCUGCGUCGGCCGAUCCGGGCAGCCAAUGGGAGAGGAGAACUGUGCUCAGCAGUCCCGCCCACAGAAACAGAAGCACUGCAAAGGUGGACGGUGCCCCAAGUGGAUGACGAGCGCCUGGGGAGAGUGUAGCGUAACGUGCGGAUCGGGACGGCGGAGUCGCACGGUGGUGUGCGUGGGUCGUAACAGAGACGAGCUUCACGACUCUCGAUGCUCGGCCCAGCACAAACCCUCGCACACUGAGCCGUGCAACACACAACCCUGUGAAUUCGUCUGGAUCACCGGCGACUGGACCGAGUGCUCGGUCACCUGUGGUCAUGGCUAUCGCAGGAGGUUGGUGUCCUGCAGUGAGGUGCAUUCUGGAAAGGAGAAUUAUGAAUACGGCCACCAGGCGUCAUCCAACUGCCCUGGCACGCCUCCCGAAAGCUACCUGCCUUGCAGUCUGCCACCCUGUCCUGCUGAUCAGACUCCCAUCUGGAGAGUGGGCAUCUGGGGACCCUGUUCGGUGAGCUGUGGCGAGGGCUGGAUGGAGCGGUCGGUUCAGUGUGUAUCAGAAGAAGGACAAAUGAGUAAUCAGUGCCCGUCCAGUCUGAGACCCGAGGGUCGUAAGAUCUGCACCAACCCGACCUGUGAUUUGCCAUUCAGCUGUAGAGAUGUGCAGGUUCAGGCUGGUGUUGUAUCUGAUGGGGAGCAGCUUCUUAGUGUACAGGGCAGAGCGCUUACUAUCUACUGCUCACAGAUGGACACGGCAGAUCCACAAGAGUACGUCACUUUCACUGCCGGAGAGAGCGACAACUUCUCCGAGGUUUUCGCAUACAGGCUGAUGGAUCCGACACAGUGCCCGUCUAACCUGAGCCGAGGAGAGGACUGUCAGUGUCGGAGAGACUACACGGCCGCGGGCCUGUCCACCUUCACCCGGGUCAGACUGGACCUCAGUACGAUGACCAUCAUCACCACAGAUUGGAAGUACGCCUACACUCAGGAGGGCCACAAGGUCCCUUUUGCCACAGCAGGGGACUGCUUCAGUGCCGCCCGCUGCCCACAGGGCCGAUUCAGCAUCGAUCUCUCAGGAACAGGUUUUCAGGUGGCUGAAAGCGCCAAGUGGAUCUCACAGGGAAACUACGCUGUGGCCGACAUCCACAGGUCUCAGGAUGGCAGUAGAGUAACAGGAACGUGUGGUGGAUACUGUGGGAAAUGCGCUCCAUCCUCCAGCUCAGGGCUCCUCAUCCAAGUUACAUGAGCCACUACUUUUUACCAGCAGUCGAUCUUCUGGACUCUUCGAUGUGGUGCUAACGACAAUGAAGAAUGUCCCUCGGUAUCUCCUCCGACCUCCUACUGUACAUGUGUAAAUGUUCAGGUUGUAUAGAAUGUACAGAAUGUGUUGAAUUAUUUAUUUUUAUUGACAUUUAUUUUUAUACAAUUAUUUAUAUUCUAACAAAGAAUAUAAUUGUAAUAUACUUUUAUUUCGCAUAAUGUGCUGUCGUUGUGAGGCGCAUAGUGCGACUUUAUAGGUAAGAUAAAGUAACAUUCUGGGUGUUAUAUAAUGUUUUCGGUUUCUAAUAAAAGACACCGUAGAAUUGC